UUAUCCUCGCUCACUAAGACAAGUCCACUUGUUCGAAGAAGAUCCCCAGUGCUAGCUUGGAUUAUUUAUUUAUUGAAAGUUCAUUUUUCACCUUGAAUUAUAUUUCGGAUUCUGUCGAAUAAAAUUUGAAAUGGCGAAUACUAAUAUUUUUGUGGGAUUUUCCUUACUGAUUGUUAUCACCCUUACAUUCGUAUCAUCGGCAGAAGAGCCUGGCAACUUUUUCCAUUGUGGUGGAGAGUUUUGCAAAUCUGUCCCCUCAGACUGCAAUUCCAUUAAUUGCCAGCUUGGAGUACGAUUCGAAAUGCUCAACGCCGGUGACCCCACGGUUAACGUUCAUGCCGGCGCAACAGGCGAUGUCCACAGUUAUGUGGCCAUUGGGUUUUCAAAGGAUGAAACGAUGGGCAAUGAUGCUGUUUACAUGUGUAUGCCAAGAGAAAAUAAUAACAGUGCAGUGGUCACAAUGUUCAAUCCUCCCAACAGUCAUGCAGGACCUAUACCAAUGAACUUCCGGCUAGGAAACACGCCGAGUGGGAACGUUUUGUUCAAAAGUGGUCGAGUAGACUGCUCCUUCAUUCUUCCAGUGAUUAUUGAUGUUGGAAAUGGACUUACGUUCAACCUAGCCAAAGAAUCUGUCAACGUAUUCGUUGCCACUGGAAAAUACGGCGAGAAACGAGACGUCAAGAAGCACGAUAGACGAUUUCAGGGACUUAUGACGCCAGAAGACCUGGGCUCGAAAACUGUUACUUUAGACCCAGCCGACUCCAAGGAUUCCGGAUCAUCAACAAAUACAAAUGCGAUGGUUAUGAUAUGCUUGUCUUCAUUAUUAAUUUCAUCACUCGUCGCAAUUGUACUGUAAAGUGAAUGGACAAUUCAACAUUUAUUUCGCCAAGGUAAACUUUGGUUUAAAUUUUAAGUACUGAAUACUUUUUAAUCUUACAUACUUCUACAUUAUUUUAACCGUUUGUAAAAACAUCACCUAUAUAAUUUUAAAUUCUUCGUAUAAAUUAAGUGUUUUAAGCGCAAAUUGUCAACAUUUAAUUGCAAUAAGUGAAAAAUAUAUAAGAUUUUAUUA